GGCCGCGGUUACAUAACCGAGAGGCGUCCGCCUCCCCGGACCCCCCACCCAGGCCAAGCCCCAGCAGCAGAGCGGAUCCCAUAGUAAACCCCCUUGGCAGGCCGGGCAGCGUCCCCUGCGGAACUGGCGGGACUGAGCUAGCCAGGGCCUUUCGGGGACGUGCAGCUGGAGUUGCCCCUCGACGCUCUCCUUCCCCGGCGCUUCCCGGGGGCCCCGGCCCAGCCCCUCCGGCGCCUCCCCCAGUCGGCUCCCCGCCCCUCGGAAGCGCGGACCGCCGCGCCUGGGGCCAGAGGAGGGGCCCUGCGCAGGGACGCGGCUCUGCGGGUGCGCCCGGGGACAUGUCUGCGCGCCACCACCACCACCAGGGCUGCAGCGGUCCCAGCGAGUUACUAUUGCAUGAGAGGAAUGAAGAUGCCCUGAUUCUGCAGGUCCAUCACUUGAAUCACGUCCGGCAAGUUGCUUCAAGGAUGGCCAAUAACCCAUGUGCCAGGUAGCAUUCUAUGCCAACCUUGAAUGCCAACAGGAAGACACUGGGCAGCAGACGCUUCCAAGAUCAUAACUUCUGUUGGAAUAACUUGGAAAAGAAGAAGGACAAUUGAAACCAUGGCAAAAGUGAAUAGAGCUAGGUCCACCUCCCCUCCGGAUGGAGGCUGGGGCUGGAUGAUUGUGGCUGGUUGUUUUCUUGUUACCAUCUGCACCCGGGCAGUCACCAGAUGUAUCUCAGUUUUUUUUGUGGAGUUCCAGACAUACUUUGGUCAGGAUUAUGCACAAACAGCAUGGAUCCAUUCCAUUGUAGAUUGUGUGACCAUGCUUUGUGCUCCACUUGGGAGUGUUGUCAGUAACCAUUUAUCCUGUCAAGUGGGAAUCAUGCUGGGUGGCUUGCUUGCAUCUACUGGUUUCAUCCUGGGCUCGUUUGCCACCAGCCUGAAGCAUCUCUACCUCACACUGGGAGUUCUUACAGGUCUUGGAUUUGCACUUUGUUACUCUCCAGCCAUUGCCAUGGUUGGCAAAUAUUUUAGCAGACGAAAAGCCCUUGCUUAUGGGAUCGCCAUGUCAGGGAGUGGCAUCGGCACCUUUGUCCUGGCUCCUGUGGUUCAGCUCCUUAUUGAAGAGUUUUCCUGGAGGGGAGCAUUGCUCAUUCUUGGGGGCUUCGUUUUGAAUCUCUGUGUUUGUGGUGCCUUGAUGCGGCCCAUUACUCUUAAAGAAGAACAUUCAAGUCCAGAGCAGAACCGUGUCUGUAGAACUCAGAAAGAAGACUGUAAGCGGGCAUCUCCCUAUUCAUCUUUGACCAAAGAAUGGGCGAAGACCUGCCGGUGUUGCUCUUUGCAGCAGGAAUACAAUUUUUUACUGAUGUCAGACUUUGUUGUGUUUGCCAUGUCUGUUCUAUUUAUGGCUUACGGCUGUAGCCCUCUCUUUGUGUACUUGGUGCCUUACGCUUUAAGUGUUGGAGUGAGUCACCAGCAAGCUGCUUUUCUUAUGUCCACACUUGGGGUGAUUGACAUUAUUGGCAAUAUCACAUUUGGAUGGCUAACUGACAGAAGGUGUCUGAAGAGUUACCAAUAUAUUUGCUACCUCUUUGCCGUGGGACUAGAUGGGCUGUGCUAUCUUUGCCUCCCAAUGCUUCAAAGUCUCCCCCUGCUUGUGCCUUUCUCUUGUACCUUUGGCUACUUUGAUGGAGCCUAUGUGACCUUAAUUCCAGUAGUGACUGCAGAAAUAGUGGGGACCACCUCUUUGUCAUCAGCACUUGGUGUGGUGUAUUUCCUUCAUGCAGUGCCCUAUCUGGUGAGCCCACCCGUUGCAGGGUGGCUGGUAGAUACAACAGGCAGCUAUACUGCAGCCUUCCUUCUCUGUGGAUUUUCCAUGAUAUUUAGUUCUGUGUUGCUUGGCUUUGCCAGACUUGUAAAGAGGAUGAAAAAACCCCAGCUGCAGUUGCUUGCCAAAGAAUCUGAUCCCAAGCGGCAGCUAUGGACCAAUGGAUCAGUGGCUUAUUCUGUAACAAGAGAAUUAGAUCACAAAGAUGAGGAAUUUAUGGCUGCAGCAGGACCUGGUUACAACCUCACAUGACCAAUGGCCUUGAACUUGGGAUUUUUAGGUCCGAGGGAGGUGGGGCCACCAGAUUCUUCAUGUUUCUGAAGCAUUUUAUUUUGACAGAAGUACUGCCUUUCAAGGAAAUUAUUAUUGUUGCCUUGUUAACAUAUUUAUACGGGGAAAAUAGCAAAUAAUAAAGAGUGCUGGACUAGCCUUAGAGUUUCCUCUUUGGGGAUUUGUAUUCACAAUCAAAUUUAGAUCUUUGGGCCAACAGAGCAUUGCUUCACAGAGAAAAUAAGAAUACAGUUGAUUUAAUGAACUGCAAUUAGGAGUAAUUCCAAAAUAUAACCAAAGUACAUGCUACUGGGCAGCAGCUUUGUCAGCCCAAAAUCUCUGCCAUUCCAGCCUCCUUCCUCAACUAGAAACAAACAGAAAUAUUGACAUCGGUUGCUUUCUUCAUCCUGUUUGCAGAAGAGGGGUCAGCUUGGGUGUGAUGGUGGAAGGCGAAGACUCCAGUCUUUUUUCAUGGCAGAGUUUCUCAUUAGAGUGGUUAAGGAACACUUGAGAUUCUUCAAAAGGCAAUGGUCAAUAUAGGAAGAGAUUUUUCCCCCUUUGUCAUCUUCUAGCCAACGCUUGUGUCUGCCGAUGUCUAGAUAUCUCUUGUAGAAUCUAAGGAAUCAUGAAAUGCCAUGGCUGGAAUGGAUCUUAAUGGGUGGCUGGUGACAUAUUCUAUUUGAAAUAAUCCACUUCAAAUGGAAAGCUCUUUUCCCUGGAUUGUUUCCUAGCACUCACCUCUGUUAUUAUUACAUAUUUAGUCUAAAUUUAGCAGAGCACAUCCAGUUGCAAGGACAACCUCUCCAUCUUUACUGAAAUGUUGAUAAUACCAAAACUUCCCAUGUUGUUUUCCUUUAAAAAAAAAAAAAAGCUCUUAUUUAAAGUGCAGACAUGGUCCUAUUAGGAAAUAAAAAAUGUUGACAGCAUUCCAAUUGGACAAGAAUUAAAUUUUUGAAUCAGCAGGUCUUUGGUGAGAGAUAACUUUGCAGGUCAGACUCUAGGUUCAUCAUUGGCCUAAAAAAAGGACUUGAGGGUUUUACCUGAAAUAUAUUAUCUUGAAGACACUCUAAAAAUGAGAUUCUUUUCUCCUAUUAUUCAUGUUUGUUCCAAUGCACAGUGUCCUUCAUCUCUUUAUGAAUAAUAAGUGGAAACAUAACUGUUUGGCGUCAGGUGGUUUUUCAUUCCCCCAUACCCCACUUCUCUGCAGUUUCAGAUUAUUUCUGAGUUUUCAAUUUUAAGAGGGAGAACAUGGAGAGAGAAGAGAAAGGCCAGGUCUGCCAGGUUGCUUAAAACUGUUUCAAAUCCACAUAAUUGUAAUCUUGAAACCCAAAUCAUCUCACACCUGCAAAUAGGGGCAAGUCACAUAAUUAAAAGGAGGAUUUUAAUUAUUCAAGAGUUUCAAAUCCACACUUCUAGGAAAUAUUUUGAGCCUACAGGACAUUUAACCUACUGAACCCCAAGAGACUUACCAAGUGCCAUGCCAGGGAUGCUGGGAGGAAAAACAGAAUGAUGAGGAAGAUCUUGAGUUGGCUAAAGAAUCCAUGCUUAUAACUGGAUUAUCUCACAACAAUCACAUGUUAAUCCAUUGCUUUCUGAGUGAAAUAAAGCUUGGUUUGAUGGUAGAAUAUGGUAAUAUUUCCAGGUUGUUUUCCAAAGAGAAUUUUAAUGUUAUCUAUUAUCUCUUUAGUUUGAGAAUUAGUUUUGAGAAUUAGUUCUAUUUGCUUUCUCAUUGUAACCUUAAAAAGUGGAAAAUAUAUGUAAAAAGUCAAAGUUAAAAGAUUUGGAAUAGCACUUUACCUUAAACAUCAUUUCUUGAAUCUUCAAGUAUAAAGAUUUUUUGAAGCAUAAAUAUUCUUAUAGAUAUUUUUUCAUAGUGAUGAUCACAGUAAAGUUCUGCAAUAUAAUUUCUCUAAAGUAUUAUAAGUAUUUAUGAAAAUGAGCAAAGUGAUGAGAGGUUUUAAAGAUUUGCAUAAAAACAUCUGAGAUAUUUUAACUUUAUACAUGCAUAAAUUUGCACUGUACUUUCUCUCUUAUAGCAGGAUUUUCAGAAAACUAGUAAGAAAAAUGUAGAUCUGAGAGUCUACAAUUUUGCUAUAUAUACAGAAUUUUACUGUUAAUGUUUCAUGUGCGUAUACUGUCUGUUUCAAAACUGAGGGAUUUGUGGAAAUUAUAUACUUUAUGGAAUCAAGAACAAAACUGUAGCAGAAUGAGUCUACAUCUUAAAUAUUUCUUUAUACCACUGUAAGUUCUACUGUGGAAAUGACUGAGUAGAAAAGCAGAAUAAACUUUCUAACUUCUGUAGCCAAUCUGUACUAUUGAGACCUUUGUUCAGAUUAUAAUUUCACUACUAAAUCAUACAUGUAUGCUAAAAUUUUCCUAUUUCAAAAUCAAAAUAAAGUGAGUUUAUAGUGAUGUGUUUGGAA